CCACCAAAUCGUCCACUUAGAAUUGGCUAUUUCACAUACGACGGUUCCUACACUGCUGUUCCGGCUGCCCAACGAGCAGUUAUGCACAUCAAAUCGCGCUUGGAAUCUAUGGGCCACGAACUCGUACUCUGGCAGCCACCUUACACCGGCAGUGAGUGGUUCGAAGUUUUUCUCACCGCUCUAUUCGUGGAUGGAGGAUCGCGUCUGGUGGAGCUCUUGGAACAUGACGAGGUGGAGCGAUCAAUGAGAAUUGGUUUGAAGAUUUACAAGUCGUGGCGAAUAACUCGUCAGAUCAAUUGGUUGCUCACCAAAUUGUUUGGUCAUCCGGACGAUUUACUCUAUAUGCGCGCGAUCAACUCCGUGCGAGACGUACCCACUUUGGUCAGUCAUAUGCACGCUUUGGAAGAAUUUCGAUAUAAAAUUUACGACAGUUGGCUCGAGGCCAAAUUGGACGCAGUUAUUUGUCCGUCUUUCGGAAUGGCUGCUCCCAUUCCCGCUCGAACGAAUCGCAGAUUUUCCGGAAUGCUGUCUUAUCUGAAUCUAUUUAAUGUGACCAAUAUGCCCGCCGGUUGCGUUCCUUCUGGAAUUCGAGUGACCGAGGCCGAUCUGGCCCCACUGCGUGCGGCACUGGAUCCAGAAUAUAGAGAGAAAAAUGCCGGUGUGACUCCGUAUCCGAUUCAUACCCCAUGGCAAAAAGCAGCUGCUGAGCUACAAGUGGACACGCUUGGUUUACCCGUUGGCGUACAAGUCGCAGCCGCUCCGUGGCGUGACGAAAUGUGCCUGCACGUGAUGCAAGUGGUGGAACAAGCUGCCCGUGGAUCUACAGAACAGGUCGCUGCAAAGUAG